GGAAGUUCAAGAUGGCGGACGUUGAUGCACGGGUAUCUUCAGUAAGUUUUCAAUACCGUUUUUCGUCGCUUGAUUUAUCGGUAUGAUUAUCAAGUAUCUAUAAGAGUAGCCAGUUUUGGAUAAUGUCUGCCAAUCCACGGCCUCUUCGUCUUCCUCCUAUGCCAAAAGUGGCUGACCUCCUUCGUGUGUAUGGGCUGUCUGCGAAGAAGCAACUUAGCCAAAAUUUCAUUCUUGAUCUGAACAUUACAGGUAAUGCCAACGGUGUUAAUGUGUGUUAAGGGGAAGUGGCAUGGGGGUUGGAAAGAGCAGGGGGGGGGGAGAGAGGACUGAUUAUUUGAAAGACAUCAACCAUUAACUGUGAAAGUAUCAUGGAACUUUAAUUUUCAGAGGUUUGGCUUGCUCGUUUAAUCGAUUAGCUCUAAGAUAACAUGGGUAAGAUAGCUGAAUCAUCAGUUGAUUACAAAAUAAAGUUGCUGGUUGGAUUUCAGUUCCCCUGCUGAUGAUUAGAAUCUUAAUUUGUCUCAUGUUGGUAACAUGUUCUUUAAAACAUCUUUCUUUAUGGUAUACUGUUCUUGCUGGAAACAUGAAGAUUUCUCAUUAGACUACAUGCAUACUGUGCUUUUUAUAAACAGAUAAGAUUGCAAAAGUUGCAGAUGUGUUUGAUUGCCAUGUUUGUGAAGUAGGAGCAGGGCCAGGAUCACUUACGAGGUCCUUGCUACAUGCUGGAGCCAAACAUGUUGCUGCUGUGGAAAUUGACAGGAGAUUUCUUCCCUCUUUAGAAGUAUGCAAUAGGCCUUUUUCCAAAUUACCUUUGGCGUCUUUUUCAAAAUGAGGCCUGGUGCUCAACCAUUCCUAUGAAAAUGAGAUAAAUUUGCAUGUGAAUGAAAACUUAUAAUCAUAUUGGAAGGAUGAGCACUGGGAUUUGUUUUGAAAAAGAGGCUAAUAAUGAUUUGGAAAUGGGCUAUUUGACUUGUCCAUUGUCAUUUUAGCUGACGUGGCAGAGGAAAGUGAAGAAUCUUAGCCUUUAACUCCCAUGAGUGUUCAAGACAGAAUUUCUCCUUACAAUAUCAAUGCAAUACCAAACAGACAAGAAUGAGAAUAACAUUAUCAAGAAGGGGAUUAUUAUUUGAUCUAGUACCAAAUUCUUUGAACUAACACCACAAGAAUUGUAUGGCAGAUGGUAAGGAGAAUUACUAAUGAGAUCUUGGGAGUUAAAGGGUUAAGGUUUGAUUUUAUCCUCACCCUCAGCACCUUGCCAGUGAAGAGAGACAGAGAAGAGGCAAUUUUAGAUAACUAGACCUGACUAAGAUUUUGUUUGUUGAAAUCUGAGUGAAUUGCACAAAUACCCAGAGAAGAGACCUUUUCUCCACCAUCAAAACACACAAUCGAUAGUUACACUCAGUGUUCUCCCCUAUUUUAAGCAUGACAAGUAAAAUAGGGAUCCUUCUACCUGUUGAAUUUUCAAGAAUUCCAAGCAAUUUUAAAUGGUAAUAAGAGGUACUACAGGUUACUGUCUGAAAAGGAGAACACUGUACGCUUGAGCUAAAACCAUUUAAAAAAGGUGAAAACUUUUUGUGAACAGUUUGUUCACUUUUUACCUUGAGAAGGAUAAAGUGAGUAAUAUUUCUUAUCAUUGUAGAUUGUAAUGGUAUUAAUGAGGGGUGUUGGCUGUUCAAAUGCUUAGAAAAUUGUUUUUGGCUAUGCCAUGAGCCCAAUCACUUUCAUUCUGUGUUUGAGAGUCAUCUAGCCACUGGAAUAUUCAUAUUGAUUGGUUCAUUAUCCUAAAGUAAAACUUAGAAGAGGCUUGCUCUUGAAAUACAUAUCCAUACGUCAUUAAGCUUGUGGUUCAAAUCUACUAAUGGUUAAAAAUGUUCAAAUCAGUUUAUGUGUGUAAAAAAUAGAUACAAGGUAAACCUUUGCACCAUGACACAUAUAAUGUAAGAACAUGAAUGCUAGAUAACAUGUCAUGUUCAGAUAGUAUUUUGUCAUUAUUACACUGCAUCAAGUUAAAUUUAAUUUUUUUGUUAAGUUAACUGGUGUCUUAUUCUCUGACUGCUGUAUCAUCAUUAGAUGCUUGAAAGUGCCAGCAGAGGAAGACUGUCAAUACAUCAUGCAGACAUCAUGAAGUUUUACAUGCCAGAUGCUCUACCAAAAGCUGAUGCUGUGCAUUGGCACACAGGUAGUUUGUUAAGAGUUGAAAUUCAUGCAUAUUGCCAAAUACAUUAAGUUUCCUUAAUAUGAUCAUCUUGAUGAGAGUGGUCCAGUUAAAAAAAUUGUAGGUUGUGAGCGGAGCUGAUGCAUUGAUAAUCCAGUCAGGAGCCAUCUUCUCUUUACCCUGAUGAUUUUGGUUCAGGUUUACAAAACUUCAGUUUGUGUCAGCAAUAACUGUCAAAUAUAAUACAUUUUUAGGCCAAAAGGAGGACAACAUGGAAUACAAUUUUGUAAGUUCUCAAGAAAAGGGGUGUUUUAUAUUUUAACAUGAAACACACAAGGAAACAAAUGUAACUUCUGUUCCAUAAAUAAAGUAAACCCUUUAUACCCUAACAUCAGUUGCAUUUUCUCCUUACUUUUCUCUAUAUCUUUCUGAUGUUGCUGAGAAGGAGAACUGUUUUGACAAUCAAGAGCUUUUUUAUUUGGUGAUCAUUUUCUUAUUUUUUGUGACCUUUAUGUGUGAUUCUGAGAUGAUAGUGUAAGGAUGAAUUAGAUGCUAGUCACUCUUAGGGAUCAAAUGGUUUUUAAAAACCUAACAAAGUAAAGUGUGAUAAGGAAAGAUUUGAAACCCUGGGGUAAAAGUAUUGCUAAGUUUUUUGUUUGUUUGAUUUUGUUAAUUUUCAGAAGUUCCAGGUGUUCGUAUGGUGGGAAAUCUUCCAUUCAACGUAUCUAUUCCUCUUCUUCUGCAAUGGCUUGAAGCAAUUCCACAGAGAGCUGGACCAUUCACUUUUGGUAGAACACCAAUGGCACUUGUGUUUCAGAAAGAAGUGGCAGAGGUAGGCAUGUGGUAGUAUGUCAUCAGAAAUUGAUGAAUUGAAGAUAACAUGUGAUGGUGUAGUCUGAUUGUGCAGGUGAUUGUAGACCUGAGAAGGACUGUUGUUGAUAGUAGUGACUAGUAGUCCUCAGGUUCCAACUAUUUACUUUAUGAAGAUAGCUUAUCUUUGUUGGAACAUGUUUUGCAAACUAAUGGAUAAAAUGGUUUUUUUCUUUGGCAACUGUUGAAUAUGACCUUGAUUUUGUCCUGGGAUUUUUAAAUGUGCAUCUUAACUGAGUGACUCAUAUGAGAAUUUCAAUAAAAGUGCCUGCUGGGUCACCAGGAUAGUCAACUGGAGCCAAGUGGCCCACCUAGCCACAGCUUAUCCCAGUUUCCUCAGCAUGACUGAGAGUAUCACUACUCCCCCCCUGGAUGGGAUGCCAGUCCAUCACAAGGUUACCCCCCAGCAUUUCACUUGUCUUCCCAAAUAAUUCACUGGUAUCCAUUUAUACUCCCGGGGGUUGGGGGGGGGGGGGGGGGGAAGAAGCACUGUAAGAGUGUGAAGUAUCUUGCCCAAGAACACAACACAUUGACCUGGCCAGGUCUCCCAGAGUUUCUCAGGGAGUUGUUCUUCACAAAUGCCACAUCUGGACCUCUCCACCCAGAGGUAAUUUGCAAUAUCUUUGCUUCUCCCAAAUAAUAAUAAAUCAUAAUUUAGGUAAUUUUUUUCCUUCUUUAGAAUAUCCAAGCUCCUCCUGGAGAUAAGGAAUGCACACGCCUUUCCAUUAUGACACAGUAUCUGUGUGAAGUCAACAAGAAAUACUUGAUACCGCGCAAAAUAUUUGUACCAGAACCAAAGGUAUGUAGAAUGUACUUUAAAUUAUUACAUCAGGACGUGUAGUGGGAGGUAAAGGUAACGGUAAUGAAGUGGCAGCUGGCUUGUUUCAUCAUGAGUCACAAAACAGGAACAAGGAAAAUGUAGUGUUUUUUUUCUCUACUGAUUAAGAGUCAGCACAAGAACCGUUUCUUAAUUUCUCUUCAUUAAAAUAAUUGCAUCUGUCUUUUGAAAGCUUUUGAGAUACACAGAACGCUUUGUAGCAUAGAAAAGCACUAUUUUAAACAUACGCCCAGGUAAAAACACCUCACUUUAAAGUGUUUUUUUUCUAGGAAUGUAAAGAAAUGAUAGAUUUUCAAUCGUGGUUGUCAUUUUGAAGGAGGAUCUGUUGUGUUCAUAUUUCCUUUUAGGUUGAUGCCAUGUUGUUACAUUUUGUACCACGAGUCACACCCCUUAUUGAAGCUCCUUUCGUUGUUGUGGAGCAAGUAGUGAAAGCAAUAUUCUCAGAAAGACGGAAAACCAUCAGAAAUUCGUUACGGUAAUAUAGAGCACAAUUAAUACUCAUUUUGUAAUUCAUUUGACGGUAUAUGACAAGUAAGUGUACAUGAAACCAAACGUUGUUUAGGAAGGAGAACGAAGAGAAUCAAGUGUAGAGUACAGAUCGAUCUAGAUUUUAAGACUGUAUCAGUCUUUAGCCCUUUAAAUCCAAGAAGUGAUUGACACGUAACUUCUCCAUGCACAUUCCAUACAUGAUCCAGCAAACAGGUAAUGAGAAUACUCAAAUUUAUCAUGUUGAAGUUUCUGUUUUGAUCUAACACCAAAUUCUUGUGACUAAUUUACAAGGAAAUGCGUCGUAGCUGUAGGGGAAAAUUAACAAUCAGAUCUUGGGUGUUAAAGGCUUAAUUAAUCUCUUGAAGGAUUUCAAUUGAGUGUUAAAAGUAAUGCAGGACUGCUCUGGUGUGGUUUUUCUUCACUCCAUGAUGGGUUCAGAAAAAUUCGCGCCAUUUUAUUCAAAAGCUGAUGUUUGGAUCGUUUGACAUUCGUUUUAAUUCUGAAGACAUAUUUCUCUUUGCUAUACCCACUUUCUCCCUUUGACACGAUACAUUUACUAACAUAAAAAAACCUUUGUUGUAUUCCUUAGAACACUGUUCCACACAAAGCCAGAAUUAUCGGACGAGCUAUUAGAGAGGACAGGGAUUGAUCCCACUCUACGGCCUAACCAAGUUAACUUCGAGGAUUAUGAGAAAAUUUGUCGCUCGUUUCUAGAAGUAUCACGUGAACAUGACAUGCCAAUCACGCCUCUUAGAGUACGCAAGCCUGUUGCUGUGGCAACGAGGAAACUUACUGGCGUGGAUACUCACACCAGUUAUCAAAUCACUCAGUAAUAUAGGCCUUACUUCAGCGGAUAAGGAGAAUCGUCAUGGUGUUGUAGCGUGACAGUAUGGCCUUUCGAUCUGUCAUGCCACUCUAGCCAAUAUAAUUUCACGAUCCCGUUCUUAUUUAGGAAACACAGAUAUUGUCAAGCUUAAGAUAACAAGCGUAACACGUUCCAUCUCUGGCAUACAAUUUUUAGGCCUGCGAUGAGAUUAUUAUGAUGGUUAUGUCGAGUCGGCAACCGCGGAAAAAAAAUGGAUUGCGUCUUGUAUCACUUUUUAGUUUCUUUGCAAUCACUUUUCAGCGGACUAUUCGUCGGAAUAACAAUUGGGGUUAAUUCUCAAUUCUACCUUACAGGGAAUGACUAAUUUGCAAUGUAGAGGGUAGAACCAGAGAAAGACAAUUAUAAAUCACAGGUGGCUGUCUGUGUAUUCAGCGUAAUUAUCGGUUUGAUAAAGCCAUAUCGAAAGCGAAUGGUAAUAUCGAAAACGUUUUGGUUAUUCUGAAAAUGAACUGGCUCUAACUUGAAGAUUAGAUGGAGAGAGUUUGAAUACUCUGUAAAUUCAAGUUAGUUUGAGAGAGCGCAAAGAUCACAAAUAUGGUGUUUAGGCCGUAGCUGGAUUUCCCCCUCGUUCGGUGGACUUCCCCCCUCAGACUUGGAUCUUUCGUUAACAAUUGCCCUAGCAAAAUCAGUCUAACUACAUGUGUAGGGCCCAUGGCGGUUCAAUGCCUUUGAAUAAAAUCAAG